GACGUAUUUUGUACCCUGGCCUGCAAAUGGUCCCUACCAACCUGCAACACAAAGAUAAGGGGAAAGACGACAACUUUUUAUGAUGCAACGCGGAAGUUGCCAGGAAGUUCUUCCUCAUGCAACGAGACUUAUAUAAGGAGCUCCAUCAUCUUCCCUGAUCCAUCUCCAAUUAAUUUUACUUUACAUUCAUAAUGACUAAUCACGAUGUAUUCUUAAGCUUUCGCGGAGAGGAUACUCGCCAUAAUUUUACUAAUCAUCUUUAUCAUGCUUUGAUUCAAAAGGGAAUCAACACUUAUAAAGAUGACAAGGAGCUGAGAAAAGGUGAAAAAAUCUCACCGGCACUUUCAAAUGCCAUUGAAGAGUCAAAGAUUUCGAUCGUAAUAUUUUCUAAAAAUUAUGCGUCAUCUACAUGGUGUUUGGAUGAGCUGUUGAAGAUCCUAGAGUGUAAAGAAUCAAAACAACAGAAGGUUCUAGCAGUGUAUUACAAAGUCGAGCCAUCGACAGUACGACACCAAAAAGAAAGUUUUGAAGCAGCGUUCGCUAAACAUGAAGAAAAGUUCGAUGAUGCUAAAGUUCAGAUGUGGAAGACUGCCUUAAAUCAAACUGCCGGGCUAUGCGGUUUUCCUUUGAAGAUCAACGAGGACGAAUAUGAGUUUAUCCAGAACAUUGUUCAAGAGGUCUCAACAACCUUACCAAAUAGUUUUGACUUGCAUGUUGCUGAGUUUCCGGUGGGAUUAAAGUCUCGAGUAGAAGAUAUUAACAUGCUAUUAUGUAUUGAGGAGAAUGACAUACGCAUGAUAGGGAUUUUCGGUGUUGGUGGAAUUGGAAAAACAACUAUUGCAAAAGAGAUGUAUAACCGCAUUACUAAUCAAUUUGAAGGAAGUUGUUUUCUUGCAAAUGUUAGAGAAUCUUCAAAACAAGAUCAAGGUGGUCUUGUAAAGUUGCAACAAACAAUUCUUUCUGACAUUCUUAAAGAUUCAAGUUUGAAAGUUAGUAAUGUCGAUCGAGGAAUCAAUUUAAUAAUGGAGAGAGUUUGCCACAAAAGAAUUCUUUUGGUUCUUGAUGAUGUUGAUUGUUUGGACCAAUUAAAAAAAUUAUGUGGAAGAUGCGAUUGGUUUGGCUCUGGUAGUCGAAUCAUCAUAACAACAAGGGAUGAGAGUUUACUAACUAAGCAUAGUGUUAGUUUGAAUUAUCCUAUGAAGGAAAUGGAUCACGAUGAAGCCCUCCAGCUCUUUACCCAGCAUGCCUUCAAAAGUGACAAACCUGUUGAUGGUUUUGCGGAUCUCAUAAAGGAUGCACUACGUUAUGCUAGUGGCCUUCCACUCGCCUUAAAAGUGGUAGGCUCAAAUCUACGCGGAAGAGAUGUACGUUUUUGGGAAAGUGAAUUGAAAAAGUACAAAAGAAUUCCAAGUAAAAAGAUCUAUGAUAUACUCAAAAUAAGUUUCGAUGGAUUAGAGGAUUGGGAGCAAAAUAUUUUCCUCGACAUUGCAUGUUUCUUCAAAGGAGACGAAAGAAAAUAUGUCACUAAAAUACUGGACAAUUGUGGUUUCUUUCCCGAUGCCAGUAUCGAAGUGCUCAAGGAUAAAUGUCUCAUAACUAUUGAUCAAUUUGACCGAUUGUGGAUGCAUGACUUACUAGAAGAUAUGGGUAAAGAAAUUGUUCGACAGGAAUCACCCAAAGAACCUGGCAAGCGUAGUAGAUUAUGGUUUCACGAAGAUGUUCGUGAAGUACUUGAGAAAAAUAAGGGAACAAAGAAAAUUGAAGGCAUAUUGAUAGAUCUGCCUUCGGAGGACCGCAAGACACAAUUGAGUACUAAGGCGUUUGCAGAAUUGAAAAAUCUCAGAAUAUUUAUAAACCGUAAUGCAAGUUUUUGUGGCAAAUUGGAAUAUCUCUUUGAAUCUGAUAAGUUAAGAGUUUUUGAUUGGUUCAUAUUCCCUUUGGAGUUUUUGCCAUCUACUUUCCAUGGAGAGAAACUCAUUGUUUUAAAAAUGCAAGGAAGCAAGAUUAGAGAUUUAGGCACGAGAUCGCCAUAUAAGAACUUCACAAGUAUAGAUUUCAGUGGAUCUGAAUACUUGACAAAAAUAUCGGAUCUUUCAAGUUGCUCAAAUCUAAAGGAGUUGAUUCUUAAUGAAUGUGAUACUUUAGUUGAGGUUCAUGACUCUGUUGGAUUUUUGGAUAAGCUUGUUGAAUUAAGAUUUUAUAAUUGCUCCAAUCUAAAGUAUUUACCAAGAAGCUUUAAGUUGCAAUCUCUAGAAUUACUUGAACUUAGAGGUUGUACAAGCCUCGAAUACUUUCCUGAAAUCAUGGGUGAAAUGGAAUAUUUGAAGCGUCUCUGGUUAGAAAGCACGGUAAUACAAGAGCUUCCUUCAUCCAUUACAUACCUCAUUGGG